CGGCCGCCAUGUCACAGCCUCUCAAAUCACGUUGUUCGAUUUCUUAAAAAAUGUUAAUUUAGAAACCUAGUGUAGUUUUUUGUGCCGUUAAUAAAAUAUUGUUUAGCUUUUAUUAGGGACGUAGAAUUUAAGACGUAAUAAGUGUGUGUUUGAAAGAGGGUAGAGUCCGAAUAUGUAUCCAUUUUCUCAGAUGGAUGGAGGUGUAGUGCACCCUCAUCCGGGGGUGGUUCACGGUGGGGUGCCAGGUGUGGUGCACGGGAUGCCGGUGCAUGGCGCGGGCCCUGACGGCGAGCACCCGCAGCACGGUCCGCGCCGCCGCUACCAGAAUAGACCCAAGCCCCCAAACAACUUGGAGAGAUUGCCUCUUGAUGAAGCCGCUAAGAGAGAAAUGGAAUCGCUUCCACUGAAGACCCCUGUGUCAGUUCUACAAGAGCUGUUGGCCCGUCGUGGUACUGUGCCCAAGUAUGAACUGGUGCAGAUCGAGGGAAUGAUUCAUGAGCCUACUUUCCGCUACAGGGUCACUGUUGCAGAUUUAGUUGCUAUGGGUACUGGGCGCUCCAAGAAGGAAGCUAAGCACUCAGCUGCCAAGGCUUUGCUCGAUAAACUAACUGGUGCAGCUCCAGCUGAUCAGGGUACAAAUGGAAAUGUGCCUGAGACAGGAACUGUGGUCCCCUCUUUUGAAGACAAAUUGAUGGGCAAUCCAGUGGGAUGGUUACAAGAGCUUUGCAUGUCGCGCUUCUGGCCACCGCCCUCAUAUCAUGCUGAAAAUGAUGACAACGUCAACCGUCGUCUUCCUCAUGAGCGCCAGUUCACCAUUGUGUGUACUCUGUUGAAACGUCGUGAGGUCGGUACUGGCAAGUCUAAAAAGCUGGCCAAGCGCCAGGCAGCUUACAAGAUGUGGCAGGCUCUGCAAGAUAAUCCUCCAGAAUCUUUCCAGCCGGAUGAGGAGGGAGUGGCAGCCCGGUAUGCCGACUUGAAAGAUAGUAAAAUAUCUACACUGACCACAAGUCACAGCCACAAAGUAUCACAAUUUCACAAACACCUUAAACAGUCGGUCGGCCCUAACCUGGCCAAGUUGCAGGUUACGCCCUUGAACAACAAGGAUUUCAAUUUUGUCCAAUUCCUGCAAGAAAUUGCUUCAGAGCAGUCAUUUGAAGUGACAUAUGUGGACAUUGAAGAGAAGUCCAUGACUGGUCGCAGUCAGUGCCUGGUACAGCUGUCAACUCUGCCUGUGGCUGUUUGCUAUGGAUCAGGCCUGACUAGUAAGGAUGCUCAAGCCUCUGCAGCUCAGAAUGCACUUGAAUACCUCAAGAUCAUGACAAAGAAGUGAAAGUCUCUUUGUCUCGCGACAUCAAUGCGACACACCUAGUCCCCUAUGCGCGUCUGAAUUAAAUUAUGGCUAAAAUGUAUUAUUAAUAUGAAUUUGUUUAUUUAUAGAGGU